CUCCAUCGCUCGCUCGCUCUCGCGUCUCUAAACCAAAAUCAAGCGAGGACCGAUGUCUCGAAUAUGCGUGAAGAAUUUACCCAAGUACAUAGCCGAGGACCGCCUCAGAGAAUUCUUUUCUCAGAAAGGAGAAGUUACCGAUGCCAAGCUCAUGCGCACCAAAGAUGGCAAGAGCAGGCAGUUUGGAUUUAUUGGGUUCCGGACCGAGAGAGAAGCAGAGGAAGCUCUCAAAUACUUCAACAAUGCUUUCAUCGAUACUUGUAGGAUCAAUUGUGAGCUCGCUCGUAAAGUUGGGGAUCCAAAUAUCCCUCGUCCAUGGAGUCGGUAUUCCUUGAAGAAACAAGAGAAAUUGAAUGAAGAUGGAAAGAAGCCUACGGGUACCAACAGUCCAAGCAUCACAAAUUCUAAAGAGGAGAAAAAGAAGAUUAAGAAAGACAAUAAAAAGGAAAGUGAGAAUGAUGACCCUCAACUGCAGGAGUUUCUUGAGAUCAUGCAGCCCCGUAACAAGUCAAAAUUGUGGGCAAAUGAUACAUUGACAGUUCCCUCUCUUGAGCGAAAUGGGAAAGCUAGUGAUAAGCAAAUUCAAGUGAAAAAGGAAUUCAAGGAUGAAUUGGUGCCAAUGCUUACUGAGUUAGAUGGCACUCAUGAGAGAGAAAAUGUGCCAUUAGACACUCAGGAGGCGGAGAAACAACUCAAUUUGGCUCAAGAUGAUGUUGUCUCAGAUAUGGAUUAUUUCAGAAGUAGGGUAAAGCAAGACUGGUCAGAUUCAGAAAGUGGUGAAGAUGAAGACAAUAAUGAUGAUGAUGAGGAUGACAGUGGCAGCAACGGUUCGUUCAUUGAAACUGUUGAGGGCCAGGAUGUUGAAAACGUAGAUGAUAGGGGUCCAGCGCAUACCCAUGAAGAAGAUGUCUCGGAAGAGGAGGUGGAAGCCAGGUCCUGUGAAGUAGCUGACGAUGAAAUGGGCAAAUCGGGUGUACCGUUGCUAAGUUUGAAAGAUGAGGAAGAAGAAGGUCUGGAGACUGGUCGUCUUUUUGUCCGUAAUCUGCCAUAUUCUGCCACUGAGGAUGAGCUGGAAGAGCAUUUUAGCAGAUUUGGGAAUGUCUCACAAGUCCAUCUUGUUGUAGAUAAAGAUACAAAGCGGUCCAAGGGUAUUGCCUAUGUUCUUUACAUGCUUCCAGAAUCUGCAGUAAGGGCAUUAGAAGAGUUGGACAAUUCAAUUUUUCAAGGCAGAUUAUUGCAUGUUAUGCCAGCAAAGCAGAAGAAUCCCACCUCUAAACAACAGGCCAAUUUCUCCAACCAAUCUGCAAAAACGUUUAAGCAACAGAGGGAGGAGGAGAAGAAGACAUCUGAAGCUAGUGGAAAUACACGAGCAUGGAACACUUUGUUCAUGCGCCCUGAUACAGUUGCUGAAAACAUUGCUCGGAAAUUUGGUGUAAGUAAAAGUGAUUUACUAGACCGAGAAGCUGAUGACCUCGCUGUACGUAUUGCUUUGGGAGAAACUCAAGUGAUUGCAGAGACUAAAAAGGCUCUUGCAAAUGCUGGAGUCAAUAUUGCUUCAUUAGAGGAGUUUGCUGCUGGAAAAACUGACAGUCUGAAAAGAAGCAAUCACGUUAUAUUAGUAAAAAACUUGCCUUAUGGUUCAUCUGAAGGUGAACUGGCAAACAUGUUUGGAAAGUUUGGGAGAUUGGACAAAAUUGUUCUCCCUCCCACAAAGACAUUGGCUUUGGUAUGA